AUGUCCAACUUGGCGGCUCGAUUUGCCGUCCCACUGGGACUCGGCGUCAUGGCGCUCCAGGCUUCGCUUUACGACGUUCCAGGAGGAUACCGUGCGGUCAUGUUUGACCGCUUCCAGGGUGUCAAGGACAUCGCUACGGGCGAGGGCACGCACGUCCUCGUGCCUUGGCUCCAAAAGGCCAUUCUGUACGAUGUCAGGAUCAAGCCUCGCAACAUCUCGACCACCACGGGCUCCAAGGAUCUUCAGAUGGUCUCGUUGACGCUGCGUGUACUCAGCCGUCCCGACAUCCAGCACCUGCCCAAGAUUUACCAGUCGCUCGGCGCCGACUACGACGAGCGUGUUCUUCCUUCCAUUGGUAAUGAAGUGCUCAAGGCUACCGUCGCACAAUUUGACGCUGCCGAGCUCAUCACACAGCGAGAGGUCGUCUCGGCACGAAUCCGCGAGGACCUGCUGAAGCGUGCCAAAGAGUUCAACAUUGUUCUCGAGGAUGUUUCCAUUACCCACAUGACAUUCGGCCAAGAGUUCACCAAGGCGGUCGAGCAGAAGCAGAUCGCGCAGCAGGAUGCAGAGCGAGCCAAGUUCAUCGUCGAAAAGGCCGAGCAGGAGCGACAAGCUUCGGUCAUCCGUGCAGAAGGCGAGGCCGAGGCGGCACUGACCAUCUCGAGGGCGUUGGAGAAGGCCGGCGACGGUCUGUUGACGAUCCGAAGAAUCGAGGCGUCCAAGGACAUUGCGGCGACCCUGAGCGGCGCCAAGAAUGUCACUUACCUCCCACGCGGUCAGGGCAUGCUGCUCAACAUGCAAACCUGA